AUGUCAUUUGAAUUGGUGGCCGUUGAGGGUAUGAAAAGGAGGGAUAUUUUUGCCUUGAGUUCCAAUUCAAGUUUAUGUUCAAACGAGCGACAGAACAAUGAGCAUGCAGUGCCAUACACCAGCAACGCCUCAUCUCCUCCCAAUUUAUCUUCAAAUCAAAUCUUUUUUGGUGAAAAAGAAAAAGAAAAAGAAAAAACGAAAGUAAAAAAGAAUAGAAAAAAUAGUUUUGAUCAAAUUGAUUUUAAUACUAGUUAUAAUCAAAAUAAUAAUAAUCAAAAUAAUAAUAAUAAUAGAAAUAAUAAUAAUAUAAUAAGAUAUCAAGAUAAAAAUGAUAAACAUUAUGAUCAAGUAUUGGAUUUUACAGAAAAGAGGUUUGCCUAUGCAUUUUAUAUAACACAGGAACCAUAUUUAUGUUGUGCGUCAAUUACAGCGCACAGACUUAGACAAUGGACAGAUUAUGAUAUUGUAUUGAUCAUUACCGAAAGUUAUAGUCCAAACCCUACAAUGAUGGAACGUCUCAACGAUAUUCCCAACUUGGUCAUUAAAAUAGUCCCCAAUAUCCAAGCUCAACACGAUGACCAAGACCAUUACUUUUGGGAGUCACUCAACAAAUUCCAUGUUUUCAAGCUGGAAGAAUACGAUCGAAUCAUCUUUCUCGAUGCCGAUACCUUUGUCAUGAAGAAUCUAGAUCAUCUAUUUGCAUUACCAGAUGUCACGCUGGCAGCACCAAUGGCUUAUUGGCUAGGUACUCGUCCAUUCCUCACCAAUAUUCUGAUGGUCCUCAAACCAAGUGUCCAAACAUUUGACAAGAUUGUCAAUGCUUCCAUGAAUCAUCCAGGUUGGGAUAUGGAUGUAAUCAACGAUCUCUAUGUUACCAGUGACGAGUUUCUCUUGCUUCCAUCAAUCUAUGGAAUGUUAAAUGUUGAAUUUUCGACCUCGGAAAAACAUUAUUUUGGUGAUGACCUCGCCAAUACAUUUUACAACAAAACAUUCCUAUUUCAUUAUACAGGUUUCAAACCAUGGUUAGAUACAAGUGAAUGUUAUGAUGUAUCUGGUCAUGGUGAUCUAUAUGCUAAAACUUGGUUCAUUUGGGUUGAAGAAGCUUAUAAAUAUUGUAUUUAA